AUGGAUAUCGACUUUCACCCCGGUGUAAACGGGUCCAGUCCCUAUGUCGACUUCUACCCGUAUACACCCUCAGCCACAGCCGGGUAUGCAUUUAUGGCCUUAUUCGGUCUCGUAACUGUUGUCCAUCUCGUCUUGAUGUUUCCGUUCCGCGCCGCAUAUUUCAUUCCCCUCGUUCUAGGUGGUGUUUGCGAAACAUUCGGAUACUACGGUCGGGCAUGGUCCCACGAAAGCAGAACAGAAAUCUCCUCAUGGGCCCUCCAGGAAAUGCUCAUCCUAUGCUCCCCUCCUCUCAUCGCCGCAACAGUCUACAUGGUCCUUGGUCGAGUCAUCCGCUCUUUUGGCGCUGAACACCUGGCCAGCAUGCGGCCCAAGAAGAUCACAGUCAUCUUUGUACUGAACGAUGUCUUGUGUUUCCUUACACAAAUCGGCGGCGCAGGGGUCCAGGUCACUGGAGACCCAAAUGUCAUGAACAUCGGCAAGAAAGUUGUCCUCGCAGGACUGAUAUUCUCUCUAAUUGUCUUCGUCUUCUUCGUUUGGAUUGCGGCAACCCUGCAUCGCAGACUACAGAAAGCUCCUACAAAUAUUCUGAUCAGGAAUCCGGAUAUUCAUUGGCGACGAUACAUGCUGGCUCUCUAUGUUGCCUGCUUUGCGUUGAUGGUUCGCAAUCUUGUUCGGACAAUUCAGUUCGGGGCUAGUGAGACUUCGCCUGUCAAUAACAAGGAGGUUUAUAUCUAUGUCUUCGAUGGGUUUCUUAUGUUCUUUUCUAUGUUUGUGCUGAUCGUUUAUCAUCCUGGGAGACUUAUCAAGAAAGCUCGUCAUUUGGGCAAGGUUGCUGAUUUCCAUGAACCUCUUACGAGCGAGAAUAGGAUGUCAGAUGUUCCUUUGACUAAGUAUGAGCCUCGGAUGAUGGCAGUCUAG